AUGGAGAGCAAUUUAAUUCAAACCAAAAAUUUUGUUAAUCUUCCACAAUAUAUUCACGAAAAUGAACUCACAACCUCCAAACUUAGAUGGUUUGGCUACAAAUCCUCUGAUAUUAUCGAAUAUAAUCUUGAAACUCUAGAAAAAUCUGCUUACAAGCACAAACUCCCUCAUUCCACUACUAAUCAGAUCAUGUUUAUGUGCCCUUUACCAGGCGAUAAGCUAUUUUGCUAUUCAAGUUAUCUAGAAUGGCAAGAAGAAUGCUGUGAUAUUUUUAUAAUAGAUGAAAAUAAUGAUAUUGAAAUUAUUCAGAAAUUUCGUUUCUCAAUGUGAAAUUCAUCAGAUGAAAAAGGGAUUGCUUUUGAAGAAGACGAUAAAAAAGUCUUAAAAACCUUUCCUAGAGGGCUCUCAAAUCUUUGAAGCUUUGCAGCUUAUUAUAACAAUGUUGUUUAUAUUUCUAUGAAAUUUGUAAUGGGUUUUGAUUUAAUUAGCAGAAGAUGGCAUACACUAGUUAAAAAUGAUAAGGAGUAUUGUUGAUGUACUUCUACAUCAUUCAAUGGCAAGAUUUUGGCUUUAGAAUAUUAUAGUGAAGAGAUGUGUGUUGUAGAUACACUUAUUUUAUCAAUUUCCUUUUACCUUCUGCCUAUUAAAAAGUUAGGUGUAAAGCAACUUUUCAGUUUUAAAGAUAUUUUGUAUAUAGCUGAUCAAAGAGGAAAAAUAUUAGAAAGUGGGGUAAAUGAUCCUUUUAG